AUGGUCCUCGCCAAACCCGAGAACAAAAACGUCCUCAAAUCCUUCAACCUAACCGGCAAAGUCGCCGCCAUCACAGGCGGCGCCCGAGGCAUCGGCCUCGAAGUCUCCACAGCCCUAGCAGAAGCAGGAGCCGACAUCGCAAUAAUCUACAACAGCUCCUCCCCGGAAACCGCGAACACCAUCGCAUCCACCCUCGCCUCCGCCCACAACAUCAAAGCCACCGCCUACCGUGCCGACGUCUCCGACCAAUCCUCCAUCUCCGCCAUCGUCCAACAGAUCGCCACCGACUUCUCGCGGCUAGACAUCAUCGUGGUGAACUCGGGGAUCGUCUCCAACAUCCCGGCGGAGGAGUACACGCCCGACCAAUGGCGCGAGAUCAUGAAGGUCAACCUCGACGGCGCCUUCUGGACCGCCCAGGCCGCCGCCCAGAUUUUUAGGAAACAGGGCCAUGGGAAUGUCAUCUUCACGGCGUCGGUCAGCGCGACGCUGGUUAAUGUGCCGCAGAGGCAGGCUGCUUAUAAUGCUUCCAAAGCGGGCGUCGUGCAGUUGGCCAAAUGCUUGGCCGUGGAGUGGGUGGAUUUCUGUCGCGUGAAUUGCAUCUCGCCUGGAUUCAUCGAGACGGAGAUCUUGGACAUCCAUCCGCAGGAGUGGCGGGAGAAGUGGUUUAGUAUGAUCCCGGCGCAGCGGAUGGCGGACGCUUAUGAGUUGAAGGGGGCGUAUGUGUUCUGCGCGUCGGAUGCGUCGAGUUAUAUGACUGGGGCGAAUCUGGUGAUUGACGGGGGGUAUACGCUUCCAUGA